UUCUUCAAGUCAGUUUCUUUCCUCAUUCAACAGUUUCUCUUCUUCUUCCUCUGCUUAAACGAAACCCUCCAAGAAGUUAAAAAGCUCUCAAGAAUGGCAAACAAACCAAGAACCAGAUGGGUUCUUCCUUACAAGACCAAAAACCUUGAAGACAAUUACUUUCUUGGUCAAGUCCUCGGACAAGGCCAAUUCGGAACCACUUUCCUCUGUACCCAUAAACAGACAGGUCAAAAGCUUGCCUGCAAAUCCAUACCCAAAAGGAAGCUCAUUUGCCAAGAAGAUUACGACGACGUUUUGAGGGAGAUCCAGAUAAUGCAUCACUUGUCUGAAUACCCCAACGUUGUCCGUAUAGAAAGUGCCUACGAGGACACCAAAAGCGUGCAUCUUGUGAUGGAGCUCUGUGAAGGUGGUGAGUUGUUUGAUAGAAUUGUGAAGAGAGGUCAUUACAGUGAGAGAGAAGCUGCUAAGCUUAUCAAGACCAUUGUUGGGGUCGUCGAGGCUUGUCACUCUCUUGGGGUUGUUCAUAGAGAUCUUAAGCCUGAGAAUUUCUUGUUUGCUUCUUGUGAUGAAGAUGCUUCUCUUAAAUCUACCGACUUUGGCCUCUCUGUUUUCUGCAAACCAGGCGAAGCAUUUUCGGAACUCGUUGGUAGUGCCUACUAUGUGGCACCUGAGGUUUUACAUAAGCAUUAUGGCCCUGAAUGUGACGUAUGGAGCGCUGGAGUUAUCCUCUACAUUCUCUUAUGUGGUUUUCCUCCUUUCUGGGCUGAGAGUGAAAUAGGCAUCUUCAGAAAGAUUUUACAGGGAAAGCUGGAGUUUGAGAUCAAUCCUUGGCCUACCAUUUCAGAGAGUGCCAAAGAUCUUAUAACGAAAAUGCUCGAAAGCAAUCCAAAAAAGAGACUAACUGCUCAUCAAGUGUUGUGUCACCCGUGGAUUGUGGAUGAUAAGGUUGCUCCAGAUAAACCUUUGGACUGCGCAGUAGUGUCCCGCCUGAAAAAGUUCUCUGCAAUGAACAAACUUAAGAAGAUGGCUUUGCGGGUGAUUGCAGAGAGACUAUCUGAGGAAGAAAUCGGUGGGCUCAAAGAACUGUUCAAAAUGAUAGACACAGAUAAAAGCGGGACCAUUACAUUUGAAGAGUUAAAAGACAGUAUGAGACGUGUUGGGUCAGAGCUUAUGGAAUCAGAGAUCCAAGAACUCUUGCGUGCGGCUGACGUUGAUGAAAGUGGUACAAUUGACUAUGGAGAGUUCUUAGCUGCAACAAUCCACUUGAACAAGCUGGAGAGAGAGGAGAAUCUAGUAGCUGCAUUCUCUUUCUUUGACAAAGAUGCAAGUGGUUACAUCACUAUCGACGAGCUUCAACAGGCAUGGAAGGAGUUUGGUAUAAAAGAUUCAAAUCUUGAUGAAAUGAUCAAAGACAUUGAUCAAGACAAUGAUGGACAAAUAGACUAUGGAGAAUUUGUGGCAAUGAUGAGGAAAGGAAAUGGCAAUGGAGGAUGGAUUGGUCGGAGAACUAUGAGGAACACUCUCAACUUUGAAACUGCUCUUCUUGAUAUGACUCAAUGAAUGUCUAAAGUACUCAUUUUAGUGAAAAUAUUUUAGAGACUUAUGUAGCAAAAUAUUUCAUAUGAUAGAACUGGCUGUUUCUGCUUUAU